AUGUCUGACGUACCAAUCCACCUAAAUAUUUCUAGUGGUGUACCAUCAUUGUCAAAUAUGCGCCCGCAAAACUCCAAUAAGUGGCAAGCAAGCCGAACUUUUAGUGAGCCUCCCAGUAGCGGAAUCGCUGACUUGUACGACAUGGUCAAUGCUAUUGGGUCAAUGACCAUCAAUGACGUUGAUGACUGUGAAGCCAACCUUAUCAUGGAUCUCGCAAGGGCCUGA